GAUAGGUUAGGUUACAAAGUAAUUCAAAUAGAGGAAAAUUAGUUCUUGAUAAAAUUUGAUUUUUACAAUAUUCAUUCAACUAUUAAGUGAAGUUUAUUUUCUAGAUUUAAAAAAUUUUCCAAAGAUUUUGAAGCUUUUAGUAGUCAUGCAAAAAAAAAACGAUGAAAGCCUGGACGCGGGAAAGUGAGCCAUAUGAUUUAACCACGUACAUGUACCAUGUUUUUAAGGUUAUGAGCCUAUGGAGUAUAGUGUAGACAAUAAAUUUAAUAGUUUUAGUUAUCGGUGUUUGUAAAUUGAUAUAUUAAUUUUUUUUCAACUUUAUGGUACAAAAUAUUAUGUUAUUCUAGUUUACCCCUCAUUGUAGUUUCUCUAGUCAAAUUAUUACAUUUGCGUCAUUUUCUUAAAAGUCCUAACGUAGAAUUCUUGUUCAUUAUCCAUCAGUUUUCAGUAUGUCGAUUCACAUAAAACAAUCAAAACAUUUUGAUGAGGAAUGUGGUACAUUAAACAGUGAUGUUAUCCAUUAUGUACCAUGCAAAAUCUAUCAUGAAGGCGAAGCAAAUGUUACAAAAUAUUUUAAAACAUCAAUCAAGAAGGAUGAAAAUAAAGGACUAGAAGCUUCACUCAGAGGCUAUCCACUGAAAGGUACAACAGUUGACCUACCAAAGGGCUACAAGGGUCUGAUUCUUGAAGAAAAUGGAAAAUGGAUUGAAGGAAAUGAACGAACAUUGCAUGUCAAAAAUAAAUUCAAUUCAUUGACUUACUGGAAUUGGGACAAAGUGCCAACCAAGGAUGAUGCUUUUCUGUCAGCAUUGGAUUGGAUUGAAAUAGCAGAAGCUGUCCAUUCUCCCAUUGAUUGACAGAUGUAAAGCAAUCCACAAAAAGUACACCAAAGUGCCUGAACUGUGUAGGUAUCUCACAGCAGUAAACCAAUUUACACUGAUGCCAUAUUAUAUGACUACCGUACUGUACCGAUCCCCGUAUUUUAACCACUUUUUUCAAUAAAAAUCCAUAUUCCAAUUUUUUGAAAUGUUAUUAUGUAUUUUAAUAAUGAGGUUAAUGACUAAUAGCUUAUGACUUGAUAUUUUUGUUAAUCAUUGUAGUAUUAAUAAACACGUUUUUUUAGCGAA